ACAACCCACCAUCACGCCUCCGCCCGCGAACCAAGCUACUACGAGAUUCUCGACAUCCCGAUAACCGCCUCCCAAGGCGAGAUCAAAAAAAAAUUCUACACCCUCUCCAUGCGCCACCACCCGGACCGCAACCGCGACGACCCGACCGCCUCCUCGCGCUUCGCCCGCAUCUCCUCCGCCUACAACGUGCUCAGCCAGCCCAACAAGCGCGCCGCCUACGACCGCGACCACGGCAUCUACGCCCAGUACCAAAACACGCGGUCCACCGCCACGGCCGGCCAACAUCCCAUGGGCAGUUACAGCAGCCACGGCGGCGGCGCCGGCGGCGGGGCCAACCUCCACACCAAGGGGGCCUCGUACGCCGGGUCCCGCCCCGCCAGUGGGUUGAGUAAUCGCCGGGGCCAGUUCCGGGGCCCGCCGCCGAGUUUUUACGCGCAUGGUGGGUAUGGGCGGACGGGGAGGACGAACCCCGGGCCGGGUUCGACAGGUGGUGGGAGUGGUGGUGGGAGUGAUGCUGCGGGCCAGUCAUCCACUACCACUAAUGAUGAGGAUCCGACGGCGUUUAUUCAUAGGAAUACCGUUCAUCAUUUCAAUGCUAGGGGUCACUAUAAGACUCAGUCGGCGGAAGAUGUUCGGCGGAGAGAGCGGAGGCAGAAAGCCAUGGAAGCCGCCCUGAAGGAACAGUACAUUGGGAGUCCCUGGGGGGCCGCCAUGCGAUUCGCGGCUGUUUGUGGGAUCUUGGUCGGGGCUGCAACAGUGGCGGGCUUGUUUCAAUGGCCACGUGAGAAAGUAAGUAAA